UUUUGUUUGGUCAUCACAUAGCUAUCAACUAUUCUAGUGGUAGUUAGAUUCAUCAGCGGGAAAUAAAAGUUAGAGUAAUUCGGUGGCGCGAAAGUUCAUCACCACCGCACCGCUCGCCAUCAAGGGUUUGUGAGGGAUCCGCCACUUCUGCCAGCCAAGGGGAGAUAAUCCAACAUAGACGAAAGAGAAGAGGAGACCAGGGCGAAGAAGUCCACUGGCACCCGCCUGGUCAAAAGAAAUAACGCCGCUUGGGCCCGAGGCCAAUAGCAGAAUCGGAAGAACCAGGAGAAGGCAGAUACUUUGGGCGCUUUCCACUAUCGAAACGUCCAAAGGUCAACAUCUGGCUUGGGAAAGCCAAUCUAUCGAGGACGCCACCCCACAGCUGAAUGUUAGAGUUCAGGACGGACCAAGAAUGAAGAUUAUUCUUAUUUUCACUCUGAUCGAGAUCCACAACCUGGCACUAGCGGUUAAAACGCAUCGAAUUGAUCCUCAUUAUGGAUAUUUUAAGGAAUCACUAGGUCCAGCGAGGGUAAUAAGCCAUUGCCAUUCGAUAUAUUAUUACCAUAAUCUAACGCACACACGUUACAAAAUUACCACUUAG